GCGUUGAUCGACUGAUACUCCACAAGUUUUCGAGCAAAGAUUCAGAAGAUUCUCUACUGUACGCCGCAUAUGAGAACAGUCUGUGCACCUAAGCAGAUCAUUAUUCUUGUCUUAACCAUGGCGGUGAUUACAGUUGCUAAGCUAAACAAAAUACUGACCGAGUGCGGAUUCAGUGAAGUCAAAAGUGAUGUGUCAUCCGUAGUCGUUAAGCAGAUCAACGAGAUGACCAACAAUCGCAAGGAGGCAGCGAUGUUUGUCGCUCAACUGAUCCAUGAGAGUGGAGGAUUCCAGCACCGGGAAGAAUGCAACGAAGGAGCCGGUCAACCGUACGUUCCUUACUAUGGCCGAGGAUACAUCCAGCUAACUUGGGACUACAAUUACAAGGCAGCCUCGAAAUUUUUUUUCGAAGGAGACGAAAGGGUACUGUUAGAAAAACCGAAUUUGCUAUCGGCUAGCCCGGAAAUGAGCAUGCGUGUGUCGGUAUGGUUCUGGGAGAAGUAUGUACGCGAGAAAGCUGGUUCGUUUAAUGAUUUCCAUGCCACUACAAAAGUUAUCAACGGUGGACUGGAACCGGAUCCCGAGCAUCCAAAGGCGAAGAAGCGGUACGAGUACUAUCAGAAGGCUGCUAAGGUGUUGGAAACACCAGACAAUGAUCAUAAUUACCUGUUAUACGCUGCAGGGCUUACAGCAGCCGCUGUGUGUGUAGGUGCGGUAGUAUGUGCAUGCCCACCAGUUCUAGGGUGCUUGUGUUUACUAUAAAAGUUAAAAAUCAGCAUUUCAUUCAUAUAUACAUGCUAAUAAAUCAUAUAUGAUGCGCAAAAUUCGCAUAUUCGUGGUAUUUUGGAGGCGAUAUACAUGAUGAGGAAUA